AACCGUCGUAUGGCUGCAGUUUCAAGCAUCUGGAAGAAGUUACUAGCUUUGUUGCUAACGCUGAAAAUUAUCCCAGAGCUCAACUGCAACUUGAAAAUGUCUUUCAUAAAAGUGGACGAAAAUUCUGAUUUCUCCUUUCAUAAUCUACCUUUCGGUGUGUUCUCAACACCUGACAAUCCGAGGCACAGGAUUGGUGUUGCCAUCGGCGAUCAGAUUCUGGAUCUCAGUGUUGUUAAGGCUUUCUUCAAUGGACCCGUGCUUGCAAGACAUCAGGAUGUGUUUGACCAGCCAACCCUUAAUGCCUUCAUGGGUUUGGGACAUGAGGCCUGGAAGGAGGCUAGGAGAGUUAUUCAGAGGCUCCUGUCAGCCAAUGAGACCAUACUACGAGAUGACAUGAGUCUCAGAAGCAGUGCUUUUGUUCAUCAGAGCUCGGCGGUGAUGCAUCUCCCAGCUGAAAUCGGUGACUACACUGACUUCUACUCCUCACGGGACCAUGCCACCAAUGUGGGAAUCAUGUUCCGGGGGAAAGAGAACGCCCUGAUGCCCAACUGGCUUAGGCUGCCCGUCGGGUACCAUGGGAGGGCAUCUUCGGUGGUGGUGUCGGGAACGCCCAUCAGGAGACCCAUGGGUCAGAUGAGACCUGAUCCUUCUCAGCCCCCAGUGUUUGGCCCCAGUAAGCAGCUGGAUAUUGAAUUGGAAAUGGCCUUCUUUGUUGGAGCUGGAAACCAGCUUGGAGAGCCGAUCCCCAUCGAGAGGGCGCACGAGCACAUCUUUGGAAUGGUCCUCAUGAACGACUGGAGUGCACGGGAUAUCCAGGCCUGGGAGUACGUCCCGCUCGGGCCCUUCCUGGGGAAGAAUUUCGGGACGACGAUCUCCCCCUGGGUGGUCCCCAUGGAGGCCCUGCUCCCCUUCGCCCAGCCCAACGCGGUGCAGGACCCCGAGCCUCUCCCCUACCUGCGUCACGCUGACGCCUACACGUUCAACAUCAAUCUCUCCGUCUCUGUGAAAGGAGAAGCAAUGAAGGAAGCUGCCACCAUAUGCAAGUCCAAUUUUAAGAACAUGUACUGGACAAUGAAGCAACAGCUGGCGCAUCACACAGUCAACGGCUGCAACCUCAGACCAGGUGACCUGCUGGCCUCGGGGACAAUCAGCGGACCGGAUCCUGAAAGUUUUGGCUCCAUGCUUGAACUGUCGUGGAGGGGAUCAAAGCCAAUUGAUCUCGGAGGAGGAGAGACUCGUACCUUUCUAAAAGAUGGGGAUGAGGUGUCCCUCACAGGUUACUGCGAGGGGGACGGGUACCGCGUUGGUUUCGGCGUGUGUAAGGGGAAGAUCCUCCCAGCUCUGCAGCAGUGAAGGACUCCACUGACCUCCCCCCCAACCUGCCCCGCCCAGAGAGCCCUGACAGGCAAUCCCCAGUAGAGCUGUGGAACUCAUCAGGAAGUGACACUGUUCCAAAGAUGAACGCUCUUAUCAGUAUUGUUUCAACAAUGAAUCCCCAUUAUAAAGCUCUCUACAUAUUUAAUUGAGGCAGUAAGCCCUGUGUGGCUCUCAUAAUGACCUUUUUUAACAUUGUUGGAGUAGCAUUAUAAAUAUGAAUUUUAAAAAGGAGUUCUUGUUUAUCAUGCUAAUGUGUUGUUGCCAGAAGCAGUGUUAUGCACCAUUGUACGUGUUUGGGAAUUCAAUUAUGAAGUGCUGAUCUGAUUCCAUUUCAUUCCCCCCCUCCUGUUUCCUGUGAUAGGCUAAUUAAUUAGCCCUGAA